AUGACCCCUGCUUCACCACGACAUUCUUCCUUGGACGCCUGCUUUCAGGGUGCUGCCGAUCUCGGCCUGCCGCUUUACGUCUCCGUGGCGCUAGCCAUGGUCUUGGCCUCCGGGCUCCUGCGCAUGGUGAGCUCCAUCUCUCCAGCGAGUUCGAAAGAGACGUGUUUUGCAGCCGAGGGCAUUUAUGACUGGUGUAACUUGCGCCAGGACUUGAGGGCGCUGAUCAGUUUUGGUCUGGGCGCUGUAUUGUGUGGGUGGGCGCGAUGGAAGGAGAUGUCCAAUCGUGAAGCUUCUGGACAAGUAGACCCGUUAGAGUCCCGAGCUCGGAUCGGGACCAAGGGCUGGGAGCGCUAG